AUGGCCCGAAAACCAAGCCACCAGAGGGUCACUUAUGUCCUCCCUCUGCCUGAUGCCCCUGGUGGGCAUAGACUAGGCGUUAAUGGUCUGACGGUCGAUACGGACAAUUCCAUCCUGUAUUCCGCUGGUCGCGAUGGUGUUGUAUGCUCCUGGGACCUCAACCGCCCCCUCUCCGGCGCAUCGUCGUCGAAAUCCGGUUCAACAACCUUCAGAAACCAAGUCCAAGCUCACAGCCAUUGGAUCAACGACAUUGUCUUGACUAAGAACAACUCGGCGCUCGUUUCCGCAUCGUCCGAUACCACUGUGCGAUUAUGGCGACCACACUCGGAAAACACGGAGGUGCCGCAUCCUAUCGGCAAACAUGCCGACUACGUCAAAGCCUUGGCAACCCCCGGUAAUCACUCUUCGUGGGUUGCAUCAGGCGGCCUGGAUCACAAGCUGUAUCUAUGGGAUCUGAAUGGCGGCGGUGAGGUCCUUGGAAUCGAUGCGUGCGGGGAGGACCGGACGGCAAAGGGGUCGGUCUACGCACUAGGCGCUGUAUCGUCUGUCCUGGCCAGUGGUGGUCCGGAAAGUGUGGUCAGAGUGUGGGAUCCGAAAUCCGGAAAGUUGAUCACCAAGUUUGUGGGCCAUACCGACAAUAUCCGAGAUAUCCUCAUCAAUCAAGAUGGCGAUACCAUUAUGACCGCGUCCUCCGACCAGACGGUUAAGGUUUGGUCGCUAACAGCAGGAAGAUGCAUGCACACCUUGACGAUGCACAACGACAGUGUCUGGUCGCUUUAUUCGAAUCAUCCUCAGCUGUCGGUGUUCUAUUCGAGUGAUCGAUCCGGCUUGGUCGCCAAGACGGACACGAGGCACUCUGCGGAUAUCGAGCAAGGUGUCUGCGUUGCAGCGCUGCAAGAGCACGAGGGCGUUAUCAACGUCGUAGCUGCUGGAGACUAUAUCUGGACAGCAACACCGAAGUCGAGCAUCAAUCGGUGGAGGGAUAUCGAUACCACAGCCGAGAUAGAAGCACCAGCUUCAGGGGAACGAAAAUCCAGCGCUGAAAAGGAUGCGGCUAAAGGAAUGCCCAAGAAGAUACCAUACGAAUCGGUACUCUUACUAUCAAACACAUCUACGUUCCCUAAUUCGAGAGUUCCUCACGACGCGGCACCGGGCGGCGCAUCACAUGCACAGGGCCAGGCUUCCGGCUCAGACAUGGAGGAUGAGCUGGGAUUGACUCUGCCCGUCCAGUCCUUGCCAGAGGAGACGAUAGAAGGACAGCACGGCUUGAUCAAACACUUCAUGUUGAAUGACCGCAAACGGACUUUGACCCAGGAUUCUGCGGGUGAGGUUGUCUUAUGGGAUCUUCUCAAGUGUAAACCUAUUCAAUCCUUUGGCAAGCGGCAUAUGGAUGAUGUGGCCUCUGAGAUCAACACCACGGAGAGUAUUGCUCACUGGUGCACGAUUGACAUCCGCACCGGAAGGUUGUCAGUGAUUCUCGAGCCAGGACGCUGCUUUGACGCGGAGAUAUACGCCGACGAAACAGACAUAGAAGAUAGUUCGCAGUUCCGCGAUGACCAGAGAAUCAACCUAGGCAAAUGGAUAUUGCGCUGGCUCUUUGCACCACUGGUCGAUGAGCACGUUCGGCGCGAUGCCCAGUAUCGUGCCAUGGCAGUUGCAAGAGCGGAGGAAAUGGCGAAAUUGACCACGACGAGCGCCUCUGCGCCGAUGGAUAUACCGUCAGUAGAUGGUUCAAGGCGGCCGUUAGGUUUGCAGACUCCUAUAGAUGCCUCGUUCUCAACCUUCCGGUCCGGAUACGACACUCUUGGUAGCCCUACGACGCCCGGCUUCGGCAUCGGCUACGCAACGAGCCCGGGGACGCUAGGGUCACCCGUGCUACCACCACAUAGCUACAACAACAAUAGCUACUUUGGGACAUCUAUCGGCGAGACUUCGGACUUCCUGUCAUCACAACAAAACCCGGACCUGACUCGAACAUCUUUCUCGGACCGGUCGAGCGAUUACUUUUCCUCCUCGUCCAAGCCCCCGGGUCUGACUCCGCUAGACACAGAGAAGGCGCCAGCUACGCCCGGAGAGCCGACGCCAACUGCUCUGCCUCAAUCACCGGUCGAGCCUGACAAAGAAGAACGAAAGAGGGGAGGAUCUAUAUUUGGGAAGAAGUUUCGGAUGGAUUUUCCCAAGAGAAUGGGCCGGUCCUCGUCGGAAGCCAAGCCCCAAAUCCAAGAAGAGAAGAUCGAAGAAUCGGACAAGUCGUCUGUCAAGGAAGAGAAGGUGUUUGAAACCAAUCUGGGUGGCUUCAUCGAGCGAACCCGGCAUGAGUACGAGGAAUGGCUGUCUGCCAACCCAGGGCAGGAGUUGGUGUCCGCCUUUGCUCCUAGUCCUGACAACGAGACACCCGAACUUCAGAUACCUCCUCGCACGGCCGUAUUUAUCCAAGAGGAAUCUGGCGACACGGCAGUGGCUUCAGACUUGUACAGGGGUACUGUGGCAGGCAUUAGUCAGGAGAUUGACAAGUUGGAGAAGUCCAUCCCGUUAUGGCUUGCGGACUUGCUGCUCAAGGUAUGUAUACCCCCUUUAACUAUGGUAUCCAGCUAA